GUCGGGCGCGCCCGGGGGAAAACUUUCUGUGUGCUCGACAACUCAACCCAACCAUUGUACCAUUUGAUUAUGAGUAAAAUAAAACUCUUGUGUUAAAUCUACUUUGGUUCUCAUUGACAACCUGGACUUUCCACUACACAAAUUGGCGUCACGAACAGGAUAAGUUCAGAUAAUGGGAAAGAGUUUGUGGACAAAACUGUAAAGUGUAUGCUGCAAAAAUUGGGGAUUAAACAGCGGUUUGGACGUGUGUACAAUCCACAGGGACAGAGUGUGGUUGAGAGAGUGAAUGGUGUCCUAAAAAACAAGUUGCUUAAAAUCUGCAUGGGCACAGGGUUAAACUGGGUAUAUGCAUUGCCACUAGCGCUUAUGGCUUACAGAAGUAGUGCACACAGGGACCUAAAAAUCACACCGCAUGAGGCAUUAACUGGCCGGCCGAUGCCAUCACCUGUGCACAAAACCACCAAGGGUCCCUCACUUGAUGUAUUGACGAAUGACAUGAAAUCUUAUGUGAAACAAAUGACUAACAUACACAGGAGUAUCUCUGCACGUUUCAUUUCCCUACAGGCAGAGGUAGAACGAGAGGACGGUCCGCUGUCGGUGAGACCAGGAGACCUGGUAUACGUGAAAGUAUUCAGGAGGAAGUGGAACAUCCCUCGGCGAGAAGGACCAUACGAGGUUGCGAGAGCUACGCCCACAGCAGCGCAGUUCCUCUGUGCAGAUUUGAGGAUGAAAGCAGCCACCCCAGAUUCCCUUGCACUCGCUAAGAGGGGCACGGUCAAAGCCAAUCCAAGACCAACACCCGAUACCGGACUGGGAGGACCCCAAGGAGAGAAAACACCUAGCCAGCAACGAUGCGUCCAUCGGGACUCCAGCAGCUGUGGAAAGGAGGUGUCGGGAGUGCCGAAGCGGCGAGGAGGCUUUGAAGCAAGCCGAGGGCCCAAAGCCCCAACGCCCCAUACUUUGCCCCAGCCUUCACCAAAGCCCCCAUGACCCCAAACUCUAUCUCAGCUUUCCCCAAUUUCGGCCAGCACGCACCGGCCACUGAACAGUCUGCCCAAUGCAGUGGUUCUCAAAUGGGGGUACACGUACCCCUGGGGGUACUUGAAAGUAUGCCAAGGGGUACGUGAGAUUUUUUUUAAAUAUUCUAAAAAUAGCAACAAUUCAAAAGUCCUUUAUAAAUAUAUUUAUUGAAUAAUACUUCAACAAAAUAUGAAUGUAAGUUC